AAAAACAUUUCCUAUAACAACUGUAUGGCCCAGCUCUUCACUGCCCACUUGCUGGCGGGUGUGGAGAUACUCAUCUUGGUGUCCAUGGCUUUAGACCGCUACGUUGCCAUUGUCAAGCCCCUGCACUACAUGGUCCUCAUGAACCGGCAGAGGUGUAACAUGUUGGUCUUCAUGGCCUGGGGUGUGGGUUUAUGGCACUCUGUUGCUCUAUUGCUCAUGGUACUCAACUUACCUUUCUGUGGUCCUAAUCAGAUCAAUCACUACGUAUGUGAUGUGAAGCCUCUUUUGAAACUGGUCUGCAAAGACAUUCAUGUUGUUAGUAUCUUAGUGAUUGCAAACUCAGGAAUGGUGGUGGUUGUCAUUUUUCUUAUCCUGGUGGCUUCUUACAUUCUCAUAUUAUAUAAUCUUAGGACAUAUUCCUCCAUAGGGAGACGCAAAGCUCUCUCCACCUGCAGCUCUCAUAUUAUGGUUGUAGUUUUAUUCUUUGUGCCCUGUAUCUAUAUUUACAUUCUACCUGCAGGGAGUGAGAACAAGGAUAAGGAAGUUUCUGUGUUUUACACUGUGAUUGCCCCCAUGCUGAAUCCUCUCAUCUAUACCCUGAGAAACAUGGAGAUGAAAAUCGCCAUGGGGAAGGUGUGGUCUAAAAUGGCACAUUCAGAAUUUAAGAGGCUGAUUUUCAUUGUGCUUUCAGUCCUGUGUCCCCAGAGCAUUGACCACUUGCGAUCCCAUAGAAAGCAUAUGAGCUCUCUUUGGGGAGCUGGACUAAAGAGCCUCUGA